GGAGAGAAGUCCCACGGUGGUUAGCUCAAACUGUGGCUCGCUCGCACUCCGCAGUCGGAGAACGGUGAUGACAUCAAUGGGAAGUUUUAUUGUAGCUGUGCUCCUGGAUGGAUAACAAAAAGUUCAGUUCGUGUUGGGUGCUGCUUAUUUUGCUGUCCAGCUGACGAUACAGCAGAUCUACCAAGUGAAUAGCUAGUACCUUCUGGUUAAAAUUGAUAACCAAAGUCAGUGGCAUUUGGUACAAGCGGCCCCUCAAGAGUGUGUGACCAAAGGAAACCCCCCGGAUAGGCCAUUAGAAAAAUCGAAGAUAUUACGUUGUAGUUUUUUUCUUGCUACCAUCGUGUGGAAAAUAGGAUUUGUCUGUGAAGUGCUGAAGAAGACAAAAGGUAUCAUUGGUGCUCGUUUUCUUAAUCUUCGUUAAACAAUUGUGCAGGACAAUCCCCUCAAAGUCAGCGAUUGUUGAUAAUACCCCGAUCGAUAACCUCUCCAGGAGGGUGUUUGCCAUCGAUCAUCAAUCAAAUAGACGGAAAACGCUGCAAAUUCAGAUUAGAAAAAACACUGAGUGAAAGUGCCUAGCAUUUCGUGCUCGGUCUCACAGCUUUGAAUCUAUAUCGUAUCGUGCACGAGACUCCGAGUCGAGGUGUGUUAUAUUUUUGCACAGGCCUUGUCGUCGUCGUCAUCGUCGCAUGUUGUGAAAAGUCGUGUCUAUCCCAAAAGUGCUUUGCGAAGAAAAGUGAAAAAACGCACACUAGCAAAACCGAAGGAGAAACAUAACAUUAGAAGCAGGACGACGACCAGAAGUCCAAUCCACUUCCGGUAGUUCCAAAGUGGUGUGUGAUGUGAAGCAACUCGAAUGCUGUGUAGACGUGUGGUGUAUGGUUUUGGCCAUAAAAGCGAUAAUCGACUGACAGCGAAAGGAUUGUUUUGCGGUCAAACUUGGUGUGAAAGUGCAGCUACUAGAUAAUGGACCAUAACAACCGCACCACAUCAACAAAGUUUUGAUAAAAAUACGGAACCUCCUAUGCUGAUCGGGCGGGAGCUUUGCUUGUGUAGAUAGACGACGACGGCCGCUUGCACCACCACAAGCAGUGAGGUUACUACAGGAGCUCACAGAGCAAUCGGAGCGAGUGCUGAAUUGUCAUCAUCACCAUAAACGCUACGAGGAAAAGCGGCGAGAAUCGAGCGCCGCCUCCGCCAGCCACCAGCAAGGCGCUCUUCAGAAGCGCGACGACGUUUCAAAACGAAAGUGAAUGUGAACGUGACAGGAUCGAAUCGCCUGCUGCGACGACGCACUGUGUUACUAAACUCUCGAGUUGUGAUUAGUAAAGUUUUAGUGUAAUAGAACCGAUAAGUGAUAAAAGACGCGAGUGCCAUCCUAGUGGGCCGAUACUAGCCUAGUCGCGAAUAUGAUUAAAGUUACCAAAGCAACCGGGGCAUACGCGGCCCUGGUUUCCGUCGUGUCUGGGACCAUCGUAUGGUUCAACUUCCGACCGUUGGGAAUAUUCUUCUUCUCCGGAUUGGUGGUGUUUUGGUGUCGGCAGUACGCCAAUCUCCGCCUACAGAUGACCCCGCUGGUGGAGGACAAACUUCGACAUCUGGGCCGCCGGGUGCUGGAAUUCCGCAAUAAAAGGCCUGGCCUGUUCUGUGCGCUCAUAUCGGGUUUCCUGGUUGUGGUGGCCGUUCUCGUUCACGUGGUUUCCGGGGCGUACAUCGUGGUGACGCUGCUGGGUGCUGUCCAUCGUGGUUUCCACCAAGUAUGACAUCAAAAUCGUUGUCGA